GGAAAAAUGGUGAAAUCAUCAAUCAUUCUUAAUUCCGAUACACUCUAUUCUUACGAUAUUAUUUUAUCGGCAUUUAUAUCUGCAUUUCAUAGCUAUAGAAAAGAUAAAAUUUUAUGUCCUUUUCCUAAGGACUACAUAUAUAACGGAGAAAAAAAUUAUGACCAAUUGGGUAAACAUAUAGCAAUGAUACCACCUUUAAUAGAGCUACUUAAAGAAAAUUAUAAAAUUUAUGAUAAGAUUCAAAUGCUUAUAUUUUCAAUUAUAAAUAUGAAUACAUUCAAUAUAAAAUUAUGCCAAAAUAAUGAGUUUAACAACAUUAAGAAGAUAACAAAACAACAUUUUAAUGCUCCAAUCCCUCAAUUUAUAUUUAAAUUGAUUUACCAAGAACAAAUUUUUGUUUUAAAUUGUUCAAAAAAAUUAUAUGCAUAUCAUGGAUCAUCAUUAGAUAAUUUAUAUUCCAUUUUAUCAAAUGGUUUGUCAUCUCAGUUUAGCAGAGAUGGCUUAUUUGGUGAUGGAAUUUAUCUGUCCUCUGAGCUUUCUAUGGUAUUAAAUUAUAGUCGUCGUGGUAAAUCAUGGGAGAAAAGUAUUAUGGGCCCAUAUAUUUCUUUUGUUUUAGUUUGUGAGAUAUAUGAUAACAACUCAUCAGAUUUAAAAUAUUCAAAUGACAAAAGCACUCCUGAUUCAUAUUUUAUUGUCAAAGAUUGUAGUCUGGUUAAGAUAAAAUAUGUUUUAAUUUAUAGGUAUCCAGAUCAAUAUUCAGAGUCUAUGUCUAAUUUGUUGCCCUUACGCAUUGCACCUUCUCAACCCCAUUUGAUCUCACUCAGGAAAAUGAUUAAAAAUCAUGUUUGGAUUAUUAUUUUACUAUUAUACGUGAUAAUUCUUAUUAUUAUAGCUACAUUUAAUUCAAAUUCACUUCGUAAUUUAAUCAAUAAAACCUUUUUGAUUAAAAGGAAAUCACUACCAACCAAUAUUUAUUAAUAUUACAUAAACCUUUUUUUACAUAUAGAUUGUUGGCAAUGCUUUAUAUAUAAGAAUAAAAUAUUGAGUUGUUAAUUAUAUAAUAAUUAAUACAUAUCAUGGUGUAUAAUCUAUAUUAAAAAUUAAUGCCUUCGUAUUAUCUCUUAAUGCAUAUUUAUUUAUAGUCCUAUUGCACUCAUAUAAUGUUGAUAAAUAUUGUCCUCUGUGAUUGAAUAA